GGCGACGAGUUUGCCAUUGAAGAUCGUAGCAGCAUGGAGGCGAACAACACCAAUUUCUCCUCAAGUACAAUGGGCUCUCAUGAACUUCAGCCAAUGUUCACGGUUCGCGGUCAACCAGACGGCAGCCCGUUUAACUUCGGUCUUGUCGACGGCCAUCUCAACUGGCAUGCCCAGUCGCUGACUGACCGACAGAGACUGCACUCGAGUGCCGAUGACUGCCUCGUCCAGACACCCGUGCUUUCCGCCCAGAUGCCCUUCUUGUCGAUAGUACCACUGUCGCCGAAGCCAUUGCUAAUGGCAACUCCAAUGAUCCAUGACGCCCCUUCAGUCUCUCUGCCGUCACCGCAUAUCUCAUCAGUUGCAGUCCUUCCAAGUCAUCUGCCAACCAAUGGUCACGCGGCGCGUUUGAACAACGGUGCAACGGCGCCACAGGUUGCUGGGGCGCCGGUGUUGCUGGGCGAUCCGCCAAUCGGACGAGCGGCAUUUUGCCGAAACCGUACCACUGUCACUUCAACCAACCGUGAGAUCGGCUCCUCACCUUCAGAGACCGGCGAAGAGACCGACAACCUCCUGCCGACUCGCAGUGCCUGUGCCAGUGGUGGGGUUGGUACUCAGAACCUUGUUGGAGAACAUGGAGAGUCCGGGGGAGUGCUGAGCCGUUUAUGGCGGCUAGCCACGGGCGGCUCGACCUCGAAUGCAACCCAGUCAGGCUUUGAUGGGCAUGCGUCAACUGAUGCCAGAGCCGGAUUGGGUAGUCCACGAAAUAACAUUACUUUGUUGUCCGAGUGCCAAAUCGUCUUCUAA